AUGGGGCGACUCUUUCAUACGUUUUACAUUUCAGCUGUUCACGCUAAAGAUAAAUCUCUGAAAGAUUUCAAGGAGACUCGUGUAGUUGUUGUUGGAGGUGGUUAUGGAGGGAUAGCAGCAGCUAAAAAGCUAAAGGACAACUGCAAGCUGACACUGAUCGACGCCAGAGAUGCGUUUCACCACAACAUGGGCGCACAGAGGUCAUCAGUUGAAGCAGGUGCAUUAAGGGUUUUUAGUAUGAUCUAGUAUGGUUAUAGACUUGGUUCACAAUAGUGACCUUAGGUUACUCUGAAAGUGCGAGUACGAUCGUUAAGUUAAAUUUGUGAGCCUCAGAUGCUGACUUGACUUACUACUUUUAUCCCUUAAGUCUCCUUUCUGUACUGGUCAGCAACAGGAAAAAGUAAGAGUUCUUACGGUCAAAAGCGUGGCGAAUCUAUGUAGAGAGGGUUGGAAAGGGGGGUUGUUCGACAUACCCUAAAUACAUACAUCAAAAUAGAAUGUUAUUAGCCUCCUAGAUGUUUUGAUUGUCCUUUUUGUUGAUGGUGAUCAAAGAGUACUGGCCUCCGUGCAUGUUUUUCCAAUUGGCACAUACAGUUGAACCUCCGCUCCGUGUCCAUGCACAACGGCCACCUUAGGGACAGAAUAACUUGUCCGUGUGGAGAGGUUUAAGCAAGAGUCAAUAUACAGCUAUUUCUAGAAAGGUUGUCGGAAAAAACUGUGCACGCGACAAUCCCGAAAGGUAAUAUGGGAUAUGCUUAAUACACUGUUCCUGAUACUGUAGCUGUCGAACCUACUUUUAUUGCUUUCGUUUAGCACUCGCAAACAUACGUCCAUGGCCUCUCUUGCCAUUGUUUGCAAUUUCUUUGAAAAACAGUGAACUAAAAACCACCCACAAUACCUUUCGGGAUUGUCGCGUGCACUUUUUCCGACAACCUUUCUCGAAAUAGCUGUAUAUUUGCAUUAUUUGUCCGCCGGGCAUAAAAAGCGGCCCUUAGAGAGAGGUGGCCGUUGUGGAGAGGUGGCCGUUAGUGGAGAUUCUAAUGUAUUAGGGGAUUAUAGCAUGAUCGCUAGAGAGAUGAUACUCUUGACUAUUCUCUCUUGCAUCGCUAUAAUUUCGAAAACUAUACAAAAUAAAAGACAUUGAUGGUAAUCGUUGGUAACAUUCCUUUAUGCCUCAGAAAGCUUAAGAUUUAAGAUCAGUUUUGUCCAAAACAGCCUAAAUAUAAUAGUAAUCUGUUCGAAAAGAUGCAGCACGAGCAAAAUUUUGCCGUGUGAAUUUGUUCAGUCUUGUAUAGCUGUCCUCUAGGACCUGCGACCUUAAUUUUAGGGGCAGGGUCUGAUAUUAUAAAAAAAACUGCAAUCCUUGCCCUUAUGAUUAUUAAGUUGAAUCUACUCGUGUCGUUUAUACUCUGUGUUACCCUGCGCACUACACAGCAUAGGGUUGUUUUCGCGCGUGGCGGCGGGAUAUAUCGGGUUUGGCCGCAGGCACCAAAGUUAGCUCUGUGUAAUAAUGUCUUGUUAAAACAUGUCUCCCUUUGUUCUUAUAACAGGAUUUGCUAAGAAAUGUUUAAUUGACUACGAGCCAACAUUUGGUGAUUCUUUUAAACGUGGAAAGGUGGUCAACGUUAAUCCUGUCGCAAAGACGGUGACACUACACAAUGGCGAGAAACUUGAGUAUGAUGAGCUUGUUCUGGCGACCGGCACCGGUGGUCCUUUCCCUGCCAAGCUGCCACUGGACAUUGACAAAACCAAGGCUAUUGAACGGUACGAUGGGCUAGCUGGACUGGUAAGUAUUGUCAGAAAACAACACUAUUGCGUACAACUCGACACACCUAUGAGGGUAAAACAUUCUGGUCGGCAAGAGUUUUUAAGAGCCAUUUGAACAUUGAGAAUCUCAAGACAAUCGUCAAAGAAAAUGUUCUUGUAAGCUUAUCCAAUAAAAGUUGUUUUGGGUUGGAGUGAUCGCUUACUAAAAAAAAAAAAAAAAAAAAAGACGGCCUUGCCCUACGUUGCAGACGUCGAAAUAGGUCGGGGAUCGGAAGGAAGGGGGGAAAUAAGGGUAAAAAGGGCGCUUCCUCCCGCCUGUCACGCAUUCGAACGCGGGCGAUACGGUCGAGACAUUAGAUGAUAGCGUUUUUGAAUGCUGUGAUAUCAUAUGAGGCAGCUUUACCGAUCAAUAGUGGCUCCGCGAUUAGCUAAUCAGUAGUUGCGCGUUAGUGAUUUCUAGGCAGGCAGAUAUAAUAACUCGACUCUAACCAUGUUGACUAGUAAGCGAUUCAUAAAACUAGCCCGGAAGAACUAAUGAUUCAGGAAUCAGGAGACUUGAGCAGAUACCGGAUAAUUGAAAACUGUGUGUGAUCACCCAGGAGGGAAUCGAAAAACUGGCCACCAUAAACGGAGGAUGAAUUUAGUCGGUUUAAAAAAGAUUGCAUAUCACCUAAUUUAUAGACCAUUUUACAGUUGAGGGUUUAGUACCCUAGCCUUCGACGGAGGCCCCGUCCACGCUAAUGUGUUUUCGUUGGAAAACGCAUACAUUUCGAUACUUUUAGGCCUUCCCGGUCCACACUAAUACGCUGAGCGUUUUCACUGAAACUCGUCGAUUUGAAACGCUCUUGAAAGUGGAUCAAAACGAAAACGCAUACAUAUCGUGUUAGUGUGGCCGAUCGAUAAUGCGUCAAAAUGAAAAUGGUGACCGAAAAAGUCGCAGGUGUGUGUUUUUGUAGCAUGCGUAUAGAGUUCUACUUACGUCACAACGAGCAAUUCUAUCGUUUCAGAACAUUUUGGUGUAGACAGUCGCAAAUGCAUCAAAACGGUAGUGUGGACGCGACUCGAUCGAUGCGUUUUCAAUGACUAAAACGCAUACUUUUGAAAACCAAUUUGCGUGCGGGCAGAGCCUGCAUGAAUGUGACGUUGACCUUGAUACUAACACCUUUGUUUUGUUAUGGGAAUACUAUAGUAAGCAUAAGAACAGCAUUAUUUACAUAAGAAAGCAAGAAGGAUUGUAUCAAAACAAAGUCAACUCCAGCCUCGUUUCCUUUUGUUACUGUAAAUGGCCUAUUCUGUUGCUGUACAUUUAUUUUUUCUGAUCUUGCUAAUAUAAUUUUCUAGAAGGUUUUAUGUCAUGGUCAUUUUGUCAUCAGGAUUCUGGCUGCGUUCAACUAAGAGACGAGCCAGCGUUUUGUUUUCUCAACUGUUUGUAAUUUCUGUGACACAGAAAACACUUCCUCGUGCAAAAAAGUAACGAUAAAAUGCGUUUAUAAUACUCACCUCAUUCGCCAUUUGCACAUCUUCUGGGUAUUACAGUCGUCCCAAGAGAAAAUGAAAACAAUGCUUAUACAAAAUUUUGAGGGGCAAACAAGGUGCAUUUUGGGGGAUGUGCAAGUGGCGAAUGCGUUGAGAUAGUCGAAUGCUAAUUUAAAAACGACGAAAAUACCUAUUGGCAUAAAAUAUUAUUAAUAUAGAAAGAUUAUACUAACUUGCACUUCGGUGAAACGUUCUUAAAAAUUUGAAGACAAAAUCGACCGAAGUUGUCGAACAUCAUUAAGCCUAAAAUCAAUAGAAGCCCGUUGGCGCGGAUGAACGCUCAUUUUGAAAAAGAGAUACGAAUUCAGUAACGACAAAAACAUCAAAGCAACUAUGCAACACGACUGCCAAGUAUAGAAAAAAUCACAGAAAGCUAGACACUUACCAGUUUGCAAUCCUUUGAAGCACUGACUGCCCAUCACAGUCACGUUGCAUGGGCGGAAGACUAAAUAUGGUCAACUCACCCCAAGCAACUUCUUUUCUCUUGUACGGUUUUUUAUACCGUCCGUAGAACAUUUUCCUGCAGGAUAGCGGAAGGCAAAUAUUCUAACAAGACAAAUAAACUGUGAAAUUUUUUCACUUUCACGUGAAUUUUUCAUGAUUUUAUUAACAUAACUAUAAUCACCGUUUUUUUUGUAUUUUCGUUGUAGCUGCUGCUUUUAAGGCAAUGCAUCAGCAAAUAGGGGCAGAAAUGCAAUGCUCUGGGGACAUGAUGAUUUUGCGACAUAUAUUCAAACACUAACAGUUCGUCUUUUAUGACGUUUAGAAAAUCCUAGCUUUGCGCGUCCGCUUUUAAACAUAACAUUGCUUCAAACCCUUCAAAUUAUCGACAGUUUUUAUUUUACCUUCUCCAAGAAGCUGGUAGAAUAAAAGAGGAAAAUUGUUGAAGCUGUUCCAAGCCUCUUACCCUUGCUUAUUUCAUCCUUUCUUUUUUUUAAGGAGUGUCUAUGGGCCUGUUUACAUGGAGGUGGGGAACCCCAGAUAGAUGAGGUAACAUGUGGCGGGUCACCCCACUUAUCAUGUAAACGUGAUGCAAUUAAAAUGAGAGAUUAUAUGGACAGGCGGGUUACCUCACCUACCUGGGGUCUCCCACCUCCAUGUAAACAGGCCCUAUGUGUCCCUUCGUCAGUUAAUAUCAUUGCGAUUGAUGUCGCUAAUUGUGAUAGCAACACGACAUCUUCCAAAUUUGGUCCGUGAUAGCUGCUUGCAAGAACAAUUUGCCUGGGCAUUAAAGUCAAUCAGAAACGAAGAAAUAUUUUGAAAAAAUAAAAAAAACUUGGUGAAAGAUCUCAUGUUGGCUGACAAGGGAAUACAUUGUUUUUUUCAGAUUAAAGAUGCGAUGAAAAUAGGCGUGGUUGGUGGAGGAGCAGUCGGCGUGGAGAUAGCGGGUGACAUUUUAGAAGACUAUAAGGACAAAGCGGAUGUUUAUUUGAUACACCCAAGAGAGACCUUGGUCAACGAUAAGGUCAACGAUUCUUUUCAGUCAGCAGUCAAAAACAAACUGACCAGCUUAGGGGUCAAUAUGGUACUCGGUGAGUAAUGCUGUGGUACGGCUACACCAGCUUAAGGAAAAAGUCGCAUCAGGAGUAUGGCAAUGUAUUCAGUAAAGGCCCAUCUUUCCUAGUCGGGUCGCCAAGCAGAACGCAGUAUUCGAUUCAUAUUACACGCUCACAGAAGGAGCCAUUAUAUAGUAAUGAGCAAAUAUUGGAUUCGGCUUUUGUAUGAUCUGAAGAAUUACGAUCUGAAAGUUCAGGUGAUGACGGGAUACGUGUGAAAUGUACCGCCAUUUUGUGCUGCUCUUCCAAAACAAGCAACCUUGUUCCCAGGGCUUCUCGGUUGCCGUUCAUUUUUCUGGCAUUUAUGCCGUACUAUCGACGUUAUUUUCCACAUAUCGCGAAGGUCUUUCAAAUUUGGUCAUCCCUACCUAGUUAUAAAGAAUUAUAUAGCCGAGGGAUUUGAGUCAAUCAGAAACGAAAUAUAUUUUGAAAUGAAUAAUAAACCACGUGUUCAGCGGACUCAUUGUUUUCCUCGUUUGUUUGGAAGGUGAGCGAGUGAUAAACAUGAAGGAAGUAGAAGAACAGGGAUAUCGCAAUGUGACUCUCAUCACAGAUAAAGGAACCAAAAUGAAAGUAGACCUAGCCAUACCCUGUACUGGCCUCAAAACUCACAGUGUUGCUUACAAGGACAGUCUCGGUAGGUACAUUAGCUAACAUGCAGAAGGAACCCUAAAAAUAUUCACGUCUCUGCGUAAUGACGCGUAUAUAUACCAACCAUGAGACUUUCGUGUAGGUUCUAUCGAAUCACACUCAGUAAAGGGGCACUGGUAAACAGUGAACAAAGUACAAUUAAGUUCAAUUAACACGCACUAUUAUUCUCCGGCCCCUACUGUUCUUCAUACAUUAUGGUGCUGCUUAAGAGAAUUUGUUCAAACAUCAAGACAUGAACAACUUUGGUCAUCAUUUCAUUCAUUCUCAUGACCUGUCAGUUAUUGAUCAGGCAGUGGAGGUAUUGUGGGGAGAAAUUUGAUGCUGGUCACUAUUGGUGCUCAAAGGGUUCAUAAACUCAUUUUGACUGCACAUUAUGACAUACUACAAUUGGAGCCCUGUUUCAAUUGGUAGCAAGAGAGUCUCCUCAUACUUCUAAUUAAUGUUCAACUCCGCUCAGCAUUGUCUGUCUUCAUUUUUUCUUUACUGAUUUUAUGAUCAUAUGUCCACUUUGGGCAAUAGGAAAGUCAUUUAAGGAGUGAUUAAUGUUUUUGACCGGCCCGGUGGGAACCUCGCUAAUUUAGCCUCUUAUCAAGCAGGCGGAAAGGCGAAUGUCGUUUCAAAUUAAGGCUACACUUGUGUGUAUUUUACAGGAGAGAAGGAUAUACCACCUGUAGACAUGCCUUGGAGAAACACACUGAUAUUUAAGUCAAUAUUGUUUUGCUUUCAGGGGAUAAAAUGGACAAGGCAGGUCGUCUCACGGUUGAUGAAUUCCUCCAAGUAAAAGGCGUUCCAGACGUGUAUGCUGUCGGUGACUGUAACGAUUUACCUGAAAUCAAGUUGGCAUAUGGCGCUGAAGUUCAAGGAAAAUACGUGGCUGAUUUGUUAAAGAAUAAACACGAGGGUCAUACAGCGAAACCUUAUAAUGUUAACAGUAAGUUAUUAUGCGCUAUUCAUUUUUCUGUGUAUUUAUCAGAAAAUGAUUGAAAACUGUAGUGGAAUACAAAUAAAUGAGUCAAGCGGGAGGAAAAUAAGUACAAAUAAAUACGCCAGCGUUGAAGCAAUCGGAUAUUGCCUAUACUCCUAGAAAAAUUUUAGCUCGUUUCAGCUAGUGCUAAGAUGCGCAUUUACGGGCGAGUGCCCCAAGGGGCGUUUUACACCGGUGGUUAUUGGGAUUCGGGCGUGUAGCCGUCAUAUACGUACCAACAGCCAGCACAGGGGCCUAAGUAUGUCUGACAGGGGCUUUUGUAGUGCACAAGGACAGUGAAUUGAUCACAGAAUUUUAAUGGGUGCCGAACCUAAGGAAGAUACUUAAUGCAAGCUUAGGUAUGGUGGUGCAGCUGAGGCCUUCAAUCCAUGCAGACAAUGUGGCAGCAGGACUAUUGAUUCAGUAAAUUCGUCCCUCUUUCAACACUUUGUCACGUUAAUUACCAGCGCAGGGUCUUGACCUCUGGUCAUGGCUUUAAAACGAAACGCACCGAUCACCUGUAAAGUCUCCAUAGCAAAUAACAUCGCGGCUUAACUGACAGACGACCUAAUUGACCUAUUAGGUCAACAAUCAGAGCUAAAUACCAUCAGCUGACAUGAUACAAGUCGAAACAUUAUCAACAAUAUACAUGUCCCAUUCAGGACUACACUCAUCUUAUAAGUAUCAGAAAUAUUGGUUAUUGUUUCUUUUUUAACACAUUUUUUCUCUUCUUGUUUCAGCGAGUGUUUUCAUGGUUCUGUGCUGCGGACGAACCGGUGGUGUCGCUCAAGUGUGGAGGGGAUGGGUCUUUGGAGACUGGUUCGCUGGAAGGAUUAAGGGCAAGAGCGUCUUUACCCCCAUGCAGUGGAAAAACAUGAAUCAAAAGAUGCCCGAAGAUUGAAGAUCACGGCAAACCAUAUUCAUUGCGCAAAGAUUCUAUAGUUCUUUCCCUCCUUCUCUCUUUAGGUUAAUAUUAACAUUGCAGCUCAAGAACGCAUACCCUGGUCUUAAACGUUUUCUUUGAAAAUUUUCUCUGCGUGAGAGAGAGUCCGGGAGGGGCGUGGAGAGAGGGAAGGGUUUUUUUCUCUCUUCGCCACUCGCGGCUCGCUCUCUCUAAAGCGGAGAAAAAUUUCAAGGAACUGAACCUCUUGGACAAUCGCCAGUGCAAGGGUAUUUUCAUACAACGUUUACGAAAUCACAGCACUUUUGUUCUAUAAGAUGUAUAGAUAGCUGGUCUUGUGAUUGUAGCAUAGAAAUCAGUGCAGUCGUAAUAAACGUUUCUUUGCCG